AGUUGAAUAAUGACAGCCAUCCUUGCUGUCAGUUUUCAAUUUCACUGCCUCGUAUUUAUACUCCAUGUUUAUCGCUCAAUCUUAAUUCGAGCGUCUUUCUUCAUUUGUGCGUCUGCAGCUCUUGAGAUUCCUGACUCCGGUUGGUUCUCCUGCGCUGUCGGUUACGCGCGCACACGUGCACAUACGCAUAUUCAGCUGAUGAGCAUCACGAGAGAAAGAGAAGCAGCGAAAACGGACUGACAGGGAGGGCGACAGACAGGCUUUGACUUUGGAUGCUUAGUCACUAUUUGCUUUGAGGGCAGAGGCAGAGCAUGGACCAGGUGGAGGAGAAACACUGAGCGGGUCGUCGGGAGAAGAUACUGGAGGAAAGCAGGGGGGGUUACCGACAUCCGGAGUAGACGAUGCUUGUUUGCCGCAGGCCCCUCCAUCGUGAAAUUGGAUACCGACUUGCGGCGGAUGGGGUGACCGAGCUCGCUGCUCCGCCGGGGAGGUCCCUGCCUUCGGACGGUACCGGGGUGGGAGCUGCCUGUUCCCGGUUCUAAGAAAGGAAGGAGUGGUAAGAGGGAAAAUGCAGACGGAGGAGGAGACGGCAACCGCUGAAGAGCCCAUUUUGGAGGAAGGGUCAGGACGAGAGCAGCAACGGCCAGUCCAGCAAUCCCUGGCCUCCUCCCUGUGUCGGGAGUCCCAUUGGAAGUGCCUCCUCCUGACCCUCCUCAUGUACGGCUGCUUCGCCACCCUAGCCUGGUGCGCGGUCUGUCGUGUACCCGUUCUCGGCUCCUCCUCCAUACCUAUCAGUGGUGACGACAAAGCCACGUCGCCAGCUGCGGCCUACUAUCAUGACAUCCCGCACUUGGAGAGUCCGUGCUCUAGCGGCUACGUCUACAUCCCCCUGGCCUUCCUGGCUAUGCUGUAUGUGGUUUACCUGGUGGAGUGUUGGCACUGCUUCUCUAAGACGGCAAUGUUGGCAAAUGCUGAAUUCCAGGAGGUGUACGAGCGUGUGCAGAGACUUCAGCAGGCGACUCCCUGCAUCUGGUGGAAGGCCAUUAGCUAUCACUAUGUGAGAAGGACCAGGCAGGUGACCAGAUACCGCAAUGGAGAUGCAUAUACUACCACACAGGUCUAUCAUGAGCGGGUCAACACUCACGCCUCUAGUUCAGAGUUCGACUACGCCCGCUAUGGAGUAAAAGAUGUGUCAAAGGAGCUGCUGGACUUGCAGCUGCACCCUGCUGUUCGCCUCCGUUUCACCAAGUGUUUCAGCUUCUCAAGUGCACGUGCUGAAGCUGCCUACCUCACCCAGCGAGCACGCUUCUUUGGAGAGAACGAGGGGCUGGACGACUACAUGGAGGCCAGGGAGGGAAUGCAUCUCAAGAAUGUGGAUUUUCGAGAGCAUAUCCUGGCCUUCCCAGACCCUACUCAUCAGCCGUGGUUUUCUCGCCACAGGGUCUUCUGGCUGGCUUCGGCUUUCCUCCUGUCAUGGCCACUGCGGGUCGUGUCGGAGUACCGCACAGCAUAUGUCCACUACCAUGUGGAAAAGCUGUUUGGGGAGGAUGAGGACGGUGGAGGGGGAGGUGGUGGGGGUGGAGGGCCAGGUGGAGGCGGAAGAGGGGAUGGGCUUCAAGGGGGGACUGAGAAUGGGAUCCACCCAGGAGGGAUCGGGAUUGGAAUCGGUCUAAACGGGACGAGUUACAGAGCUAUUUCACGGGUCAAUACGGUGGACAUGACAGAGUUGGAGUGGCACAUUCGCUGUAACCAACAGAUGGUCCCGAGCUACUCUGAGGCUCUCCUUAUGGACUUGGACAUAAGUAAUGGGACAAACAAUACCGCCUCUACGCCCAUUUCUGGGCCUCCCUGCACCACCCCAAAUCAGGGGAACAACCCACCUCCUCUUGCUCUGCCUGUGGUGUUCAACUCUGCUUACCUCCUCCAGAGCUGCCCCCGAUGCAGGAGGACCACGUCCAGUUCCAGUCUUCCCUCUAGGCUUAGGGCCCCCAUGGGAACCACAGCCCUCCUGAAUGCUACAGUGGCAGGGAUAAGGAACGCGGGGCAUGGAGGCGGAGGUAUAGGAGGGAGGUUGGUGCUCAGUCGAAGCGGAUUCUCUUUGGGGAGACUCGGAGGUCGACACAACAGCUUGUUUCACUCACGAAGCAUGGGAGGAGGCCUUGGAGGAAGCAGGGAAGAUGGAGGAGGAAGCGGCGGAGGAGGGGGAACUGGUGGAGGAGGAGUAGGCGGUGGUGGUGGAUUCCUUGGGCUCGGUUCAAGGCAGGACAAUGAGGAGACGAGAGGAGUGCUGGAGGGCGAAGCGGAUGAGGACGAGGAAGAGGAGCAGGAGGAGGAGGUGAGGAUGAGAGAAGACAGGGGGAGAGAGAGGGACGAGGACGCAGAGCAAGACAGCGGAGGGGUAGUGGAGGGGAGGGAGGGAGAUGGGGGAGGGAGAGAGCGUCCUCCAUCCUACCAGGACGCAUUUUUCUUCCCUGUCCUCAUUAUUCACGGAGAGGAGAGCUGCCACGCCAGAGACGACAUGUGACGAUCAGAAAAAUAAAACACAGGAAGAGCCAGAGAGUCCAGGGGAAAAGAAAGAAAGCACUGAACGGAAGAGACGAGGGAAAACAAGAUAAAGGAGAAGAAAGAGACUGAGAGGGAAGAGUAUGCAGACUGCAAAAUGAUCAAAGAAAUGAAAGUCCCAUCAAAGCAUAGGAGGUAAAAAAUAUGGAGGCAUGGAGCAACAAGGGAAAGAUGCAUACACUGUAAGAAAGGAGGAGACAGUGAAGUGUUAUAUUUGAACAGAUGCAGUGUACACUGUGAAAAGCAGGACACACACUGAUUCAGAAAGCUGAUAGGAUGAUAAAAUGGAGUCUGGAGUCGAAGCGGGGGCAAGGAAAUCGUAGACAGGGACAAAGUGAAGGAGAAAGAUUGGGUACUCUGCAAGGAUGAAAACUUAGGAAUGUCUAUUUCCAGAUAUAUCUAUGCAAGAAGAGGAGUGGGAGGAGUACCAAGUCUAAAAAUAGCAGGUUGGAGAGCAGUGGAGAGACUCCAAACCAGCUGAGCGAUGGUGGGUAUGUUUUUAAAAAAGAAACAGAAGUGGAGGAGUUGCAAAAGGCCUGAAGCUUCGGUUGUGCUGAAUUGAGGAUACAUAGAGGGUAACUAAAAAUAUGUCUCAAUUAAAGGAGGGAGUGCGGCGAAAAGACAGGGUCCCUAAAUAUUUUAGAUGAGGGUGAAGACACAUGAGGUAACAAUGCAAUGCAGAGAAGUAAACGAAGAGAAACGAUGACAGGCUUUCGGAAUGAUCUUAGAACGCAGCGUAGAAACAAUAGGUAGAAAAUUAUAAUACAAAACAGACUUUACAUCGAGAAAAAGACACAAUCAAAAGAUACUCAAGAGGAGGAGAAAAAAAAGAAGAUACAAGACACCAUCUGAGCAGCAGAUGGCUGAGAAAUCUAAUCAGGAAAUCUAAAAAAACAUUUAAAUAAUCCCCCAAGUAACUUUGUGAAGCAGGUUCUGCCAUUAAUAAGAUCUUUUUCAAGUCUUGAAAGGUUUACGAUUCAACUUCAAGCAGCAUCUGGCUGGAAAUGUAACAGUAGAUCAAAGAGGAGAACCAUUGAUUUCCUCCCUGUCUCCUCAUCCUGUCUUACUCCUCACCUUCCCAUUAGCUUCCCCACCACUCUCUACCCAUUACUGGUAUGGAGCUGAUAGCAAAACACUCCAUAAACACAAGAGCGAUUGCUUCCUCUACCUCUUUACUCUGCUCCUCUUUUCUCAUACGACCUUCUGCUCUCAUCCCUAUGAUUUUUCUUUUCCUCUUUCUCUCAUCUUUAUUUUGUCACCCUCUCUUUCUAGUCAAUGGGUUUCAAGUGCAGAGAUGCAAUCCUGAGCAACAGAUCUGUUGCGCUUUUUUCAGGUGUAUCUUAUUUUAAUGAAAUUAGCACACGUUGUGUUGUAAGUGAGGCGAGAGAAUGCUGCACCAAAAUAGAUUCACAGCAUCCAUCAUUAACUUUCCCUCCUCUUUCCCUCUGCCAUCUUCUCUGCUCCUCUGCUCCUCCCUUUCCUCAUUUUGAAAGUGGUCGACUGUGUGAUACACCUCUCUCUGCUCCUGGAAGUGCUCGGAUCAGAUUUCAUCUCGGCUAACUCCACAUAUCAACUCUCCUCCUGGCGGAGACUUCUGGUCCAGGAUCAGAUUCUAUAAACCAGAUAUUCUCCUUCUCAGCUUUUUUAUGUCUGUACAUUUUCAGACAUGUGGCGUGAGAGUUGAACAAAUGAUGAGGAAAAAGAUGUUGAAAUAAUUGGCCUUAAAAGAAAACACAACAUGUGAUUUUCUCAUGCAGCGUCGGGAAAAUGUUACACCAGUUUUCCCCGUUUGAUCUGCUCUAGUUUCAAACAUUUGUACCCAGAAGAAAGAAUAAACAUAAAUAACAGUAAACCUCCUACAAUAUACAUAUAUUACACUACUGUAUGUGUUAAGGCAUGAAAACCUCCUCUAUAUCUCACUUAUGUCCAUAAUAUUGAACUGCAUGGGAAGUCAAACAUGAUCUGCCAUUCUCAGCCAGCAAAACAUAAAAAAAUAUCUGACAUUAGCUUCAUAUUUUUAAUGCAGACAACAAAGUUCCUAAGAUUCCUCCAGUUAUAAAAUCAAACCAUGAUUAUAACGCCCUGUUCUGUGACAGGGAACCUUUUGGCCAGAAUCUGCCUUGCUGCUACCUCCUCCUCUUGAAAAAUACCCGCGAGAAAUUAACAGUGCUCUCUAAAACAUCGCCUCACUGUGUGAAAAAGACCGCCGGCAUAGAGAUGCAUGUCACUAAAUAACAGCUAGUGUGCAGGAGCUACAAAUAGCUAUGUAGCAAAUAUGUCUGCCAUUGCACAAUGCAGUGCCAAAACAACACAGUGAUCAAAACAUAAUGGAAUAUUUCACACAUAUAUAGACGGGCAUGGGCUGGAAUCCAUAGGGAUUAAUUUGUCCUACUUUCCGAGUAUGUUUCUGUGGGAGACCAGCCCAAGGAGAGCCAACUGGCACAGAAAACACAACCAUUAGUGCUUCCAUGCAUAUAUUAAAACAAAGCACACUAAACCUGCUACAGUUUGAGUAGAUCAUUUAAGUUAAGCCUUCCCUAUAUAGUGCCCUUUAAUGGUCACUUCAGCCACUUUGUGAUGGAGGAAGGCGCUCCCUCGUUCUCUAUCUGCUUACUCGGACAUGACACUAAAAAGCACACGAAAAAGAUGAGAAACCUCUCAAGGCGGUUUCCUGAAAUUACAGUAAUUAUGAUGCUUGUUAGAUUUCAUAAAUAGAGAUAAUGGACAUAAAUGGACAUAUGCACACAAAUAUGGACACUUGAACAAAGAACCUGGAUGCAGCAGAGACAGCGGGGAACCUUUUUUCAAUGAAACUUUCUGGAAGAUAAAGUAGAGCACGCGCGCUGACCUGGUUUGGUGUAAGGGACGAAUGCACACCCACCCACCCACCCACACACACACACCCACACACACACACACACCCACACACACACACACACACACACACACACACACACACACACACACACACACACACACACACACACACUAAUACUCAUUCAAACACACUGAUUCCAGCUCAAGAAUUUCUGUAGCUCUGGGGGACAUCCAGCUGAACUGGGCACACAGAAGCUAAUGGACAAAGCAACUCAUGGAAGAAAAAACUGAAAAUAAACAGCAACAAGGACAAGUGUUUCUACAUGACUGGAGAAGUGGACUUGAUUGGAAUGAGAUGAGUGAAUAUGUGAGAUUAAAAGACAAUUAUUUUUACAGCUAUUUAUCAUUAUCUCAGUCUCUUGUGGACUUGUGGAUAAAAUUGUCUUCAUUAAUUGUCCCUCAACAAAAGAAGCACUAAAAAAGCACUAACCACACUUCUAUGUUGGUUUCAGUUCAUUUCAAGAUGUGGCUUUCACUAACGUAAAAGCACUCCGUUUGCUAUUUGUUCAAUUGUACAAAUACAGCUUUACAGGUUCUGUUUGUGUGUAUCGGCCAUCAUAGAGACAGUCAGCAUCUUAAACUGGAAGUCACAAGGUGUGAGCUCCAGUUUAAAACCUGACUGCUUUUACAUUUCAAUCCUAAUGCUUUGCCACCAAAACAGGAAAAUACAAUUCAAUCUGUCAUUUGCUACUUUUAUAUCCUUUGCAUACUUGAGCGGACAUUAUUUCAGAUUAUUUAAGUGAUGUCUAAAAUCCAAAUGCCUUUGUAUGCUUUUUUAUUUCAUUUUUUAUUUUUGUAAAUCAGACAUUUCUCUGAGUCUGGAAACCUCUGGUUCAGACUUAAGAAGGGUGCCUGGACUUGUUUAUAUUUGUUUGCAAGUCUUGCUAUUUUUUCAUGUACUUAUUUAUUUCUAACUGACAAGUGUGUUUCACUCAUAUGUCUCUGUGGCUGGAUAUUUAUACGGUGUUUUAUUAUCUCGGAGUGUGUCAGAAGUGUGUCCUCAGCCACUUCAGGUGUGCCAAGAGAACUCUGUGCCCAUGAUGUCUUACACACGCAUUCAUGCUCGCUUGCAUGUUUCGCCACAGCAGUAAAGCAGCCAUUAUAACAGCUUAUUUUAGACUAUAGCGACAUUAUACUAAUACCAAUACUAACCCCGCACAUGCAGAGUCUUACACAAAUGUGCACACACACACACUGAAAGCAUGGAGCCGUCCUGCUAUCUUGCCUUUGUGUCCGACGUUGCCAACUCUUCUGCUCAGGAUUUCAGUUAAUGCUGCACUCCUGUGUCAACACAAGCUCUCUUUCGUAUGAUUCCAUUUACAUGCCAAAGCAAAAAAAAAAAAAAAAGGAUCACAGUUGGAAUGCUGUGCUUAUACAUAUGCACAUACUGCAGGUAUUUGCAAGGGGUACAUGGCUGAACAAAGGAUGCAUUGAAAUUUACCUGAGGUGACAAAGGGUGUGUUUACUCUGGAACAAAAUCAAGUAGUCUGCAAGGUGCACAGUUUUGUUUGUUUAAAAUUUCUGUAUUUAUUUUGCACAUUGGCAUUGCCGAGGUGCAGCUCGUGGUAAUCCACUCCAAUGGUAAUCCAUUGUCCACUAGGUGGCAGCAAAGCCUUAUGAACUGAGAGGACACAGACACAUGUGUGACUGUAUUUCAAGGGUAAACCAACAGUGUAUCAGACAGGGUAGAAAACAGUUGCUGUGCUGCUCUCUUCUGGCUAACACUUAAGUAUAGUUCACAUCUGCACCCACCUGAAUCAGUGAUGUCACACCUGCUAUGACAUCCCUUUAAAGACCCUGGCAGAUGUGCAGCAAACAAUGAAGGUAAAACCUACGAAGGGCAUUGCAGUACUAUGUGAUUGUGCAUUUUUCUUCACACUGCUUUUAUUAUUUUUCUUUUAACACGACUGAAUGUGAUGCAGAGCGGUACUGCUCGUCACCCUGCUUUGUUGUCAGACUUGUAUAUGUUGCUAAGCAGCUUUCUGAACUCAUAACCACAAGCAAUGUGAGCUUCACUCAUAGAGACGACUGCACUGAGCCUGCAUUCCCCCUUCUGUAGUCAUCGCCUGGCUAUGUUGCUUUCCAAGACACAUAAAAUAUCAGAGGAAGGUGAUUUGGUUUUUGAUCAACAACUUAUUUUUUCAGAAACGCUCUUGAUUUCACGUUUUUCUUGUGCCCAAAAGGUAGCCAAUAUACAGUUUCUCUGUUUUGCGUGAGCAUAGAAAUCUUGCUCUUGUUUCUACGUUUUUAUCAACGUCCUCACUUGACUGUCUUAUGAAAUGCUCUAGCAAUUAUGACCGAUGUAUUGUUGUCAAUACUGUUGCUGUUUCUCUUGUGGUCAUGGGAGGAGUUGAGUCGUCAUACCGAGUUUGUCCAACACUGUAAAAAAACAUGUCAAGAUUUGGUUUGACAUGAAAUACCAGGGAGUCCAGCUGCAUUUCAAACUUCAUUUUUCAAAAACACUUGCUUCAUCUAAUCGUAAUGCUUAAAACUUCAAUUUGCACUGUGUUACUUGAUUGUUUGUUGGGUAUCAACAUUAGAAAAUAAAGCUAUAACCCAAACGUAUCAAUGCAACAGGAGACCUCACUCUCUCACUUUCAACCUCAGACGACAAAAUCAUGUUCAGAUUCUCCUUUCUGCUGCUGGAUUGCCUGUGAUCUGUCAAGCAAAUGAAUUGUUACCGCAAUGUAGUUGUUAUGUACAUGCAGCCUCUAUGGAGCUCAAACAAUAAUGUCACGUACAAAGCAUUAUUGUCUUACACAGUGAUGUGUAAAGCCGGGAAUGGGCUUUCUGUUCAAGCACCGUCGAGCAAAAUGUCCUCAGUAUUUAAGCUAAUUAAUAUGUAACUGAUAACCAGAUUGUCAAUAUCACACCAGAUUCUAGCUGUUGUCACUGGCCUGUUAAAGAUAAUGUAAUUAUUUCAUUUGAAUGGAGGGUGACGGAGAAGGUAAUGGAGCUGGUGGCAAUAACACUGUUAACUGAUGCCAUUCUGGCGAUGAUGAUGAUGACAAUUAAUUAUUGUGGAAGAUACAAAUAAAGUCAAUCUGCUUGGUAUACCAGG